AUGGAGAAUGUCGAAGAUGGCGAGAUUUUGCAUGAAGACGUCGUCGUCGCCGCCGCCACCGCCACCGACGUUGUGUCACAACCAAGCGAUGAGAAUUACCGAAAACCGCUGGCGGUCAGCUAUCCGAUGCUUCGAAAAGCCGCUGAAAGUUUGAUUCUGAUGACGCAAGAUAUGGGCAUGAGCGAUGUUGAGCUGAGAAGUGCGAUCAGUCGAGCCAUGUUCUAUUUGAAGUCGUCCGAGCAGCUCGCCGUCGCACACCAGCAGCAGAUUGAAAUUCUCGCCAAUUGUCAUGAGGCCGAGAAGAAGGCGUGCGAGCAGUUGAUCAAUGAGUUCAAUCAGCAUCUCGAGGAGACCACGUCGGAGACGCUCCAGCCGCCGACAGUCGAUACCAGUGUUCCGCCGCCACCAAUUACGUUCAACCAUCCGCCGCCGCCGAUCGGAAUGCCGAUGAUGUCGACGUCGCACGAGUUGCUCAAUGUGCUCAAAGUGUUGCCGCCGACGAAUUUCGCGAUGCCGCCGCCGCCGCCGCCGAUGAUGAUGAUGCCGCACGCGCCGUACAAUGUGCCGUUUCGCACAUUGACGCCGACAAUCGAUGAGGGCAAAUCGAUGAAGAUGACGUCGUGGCGAUUGACGUCGUCGUCGAGCGCAUAUAUAUUGCAGAUCGCGUUUCGCACCAAUUCCGCCGCCACCAAUGCCCGCCAAAUUGCGCCAUGUGUCGCCGUUUGCGAAUCGACGACCGACGAGGCAAUGAUGUUGGCGGAAGGCGAGCACGAGGCGAUCAUGGACGAGGUUUUAUUGUCGUCGAAGUUAAAACGCGUCGAUUCGGCGACCGGCGUCUCAUCGCCUCGCUCCAAUGAGCCGCUGGUGACCGGAAAAGCCGCGAAGGUGCCGAAAACGCCGUACGUGGUGUUGCCGGCCGCCGAGAGUUUCGCCAAGUUUCGCAGCAAAUCGCGUGUGGCUGUCGAUAUCGGCGGCACCCUUAUAAAAGUUGUCUACUCGUCGACGUGCGAUGACGAAUUGCCCGAAGAGAGUCUGAACGGCGGCAAUCGGAACUACGCGUAUGAGGACGGAAAAAAGGUGUUGGUGAACUUCAAAAAGUUCACACAAAUGGACAAAUUCAUCAAUUUCCUCAAAGAGAAUUGGGUCGAUCGAACAUCGGAAGAUGUGAUUCAUUGCACCGGCGGCGGUUCGUACAAGUUUGCCGAGCAGAUAAAAAAAGAAUUGGGCGUCAAAAUUGCGCGAACCGACGAGAUGCGCUCGUUGAUUUACGGCGUCAAUUUUCUAUUGAACAACAAUGUCGAUGAAUCUUUCACGUAUCACCAUGACGCAAUUGGAAGGAACAAAUUUCAAUAUCGGCCUAUCGAUAAGGACCUCAUCUAUCCAUUUUUGCUGGUAAACAUUGGCACCGGAAUCAGUAUACUCAAAGUGGACUCGCCGGAAAAGUAUGAGCGCGUCGGCGGCAGCUCGAUGGGCGGCGGCACGUUUUUGGGACUUGGCAGUUUGUUGACGCCGGCGAAAAGUUUUGACGAGCUUUUGGAAUUGGCGAGUCGCGGUGACCAUCGAAAUGUUGAUAAACUUGUCUGUGAUAUUUAUGGCGGCUCAUACGAGGAAUUGAAAUUGAAAGCCGAUCUGAUUGCCGGCUCAUUGGCGAAGUGUAGCUCCUAUGGUGGCGCGACGACGCAUCAGCACAAGCCUGAAGAUAUUGCGAAAAGCCUGUUGCUCAUGGUGAGCAACAACAUCGGACAGAUGGCGAUGCUUUAUGGAACCCGAUUUGGCCUUAAAAGGAUAUAUUUCGGAGGGUUCUUUAUUCGCCAGGAUCCGAUCACAAUGCGCACAUUGUCGUAUGCGAUCAAUUUUUGGAGCGGGGGGGCAAUCGACGCGCUCUACCUGAAGCAUGAGGGAUAUUUGGGAGCGAUGGGCUCAUUUUUAGACGAAGAUGGCGUUUUAGAGGAUGUUUGA